AUGAAAGAAGAACAGCCUUUGGCUCCUGUUGAAGAUGAUGAAUGUGACUCGAGUUAUUAUUCGCGUCCGUCAACUACAAAAUCUAACUCUUUAUUUUCCUCUCUUUAUCGUGUUGCAAGUACAGAUGAAAUAAGUAAUUUUUUACAACAACAAUCUCUUCGUUUAACAAAUGGAAAUCGAAUUGAUAAUGGGGACAGUGAUUGCAGUAUGGAUGGAAGUUUAUUAUCGAGUUUUACAAGAAGUACUGUUCCACUACAAACACCAACAACACAUGGAACAUCAAAAUUAGUCACAACAACACCUUCAACUUACAGAAAACCAAUCACACCUUAUUUAAGUCGUUCAUGUUUUGCAUCAAUAACUUCUACACCUGUUAAAUUAAAACCUGAUCAUGAUCUGACAGAAUUAUCAUGGCUAAAUACGUUUAAAGUAGGCCCACAAAUUGAAACAGCAAUAAAAGAUGAAAUUCAAUCAAACAAUAGUGAUCAGCAACAAGAUGAAGAAAAUAAAACGACAAAAUUAUUGGCAAAAUUAAUAUCAGAAUUGAAACAAAUUGAUCCAAGACAAAUAGAGUUAACAACUACAACGACUGAAGAUAAACCUCUAGUAUCUUAUGGUGUACUUAUAUUUCUAUCGUUAAAAGCUCAAACAAAAUCAUGGUGUUUAUCGAUUAAAGAUUUAUAUGAAGAUAUUCAAGAAAAGUAUCCGUACUUUAAAACAGCAAAGCGUGGCUGGAAAAAUACAAUCAGAGAUACACUCAUACAAAUACCAUGUUUCAAAAAAAUUAAAAGAGAAGCUGUACCUUAUCAUCACCGCAGCGUAUGGACAAUUGACCCUUAUUAUCGACCAUUACUAACCAAAGCUUAUGCUUCUAUACCAGCACAGAAAACCACGACAACUGAUACAUCGACUCAUAACGGGUACGAAAUUAACAGUGAAGAAAUGCAUCAUAUUAAGAGUACAUUAUCCGAUGCUGCAUCUAAUCGACAUGAUUCAACAACGACAAAUGAAUCAAAAUGUCCUGUAUUGAUUCUAUCUAACUUUGCUCCGAAAGCAACAGUGAAAUCGAAAGAAUUAUUUCCUCGUUUAUACGAAAAAUUUUGUGAGCAAACCGAAACCGAUAAACAGCAAGCCGAUUCGAAUUAUGUACAAUCAGCAGCUGCCACAUUAUUAAUGAUUAGAUCACGGUCAUCUUCCAUUAAACAAAGUGUAACGGAAAACAGUACAUUGAUCGCAGCUGCUUUGAAAUCAUCUACUCCCGUUAUUUACACCCCUUUUCCAAGCACAGAUCAUACUUAUGGAGUUUGUAUUGUUAAAGAAAAAAGACAAAAACGAAUAUCAUCACCAGCUAGUUCCACCGGCUCUAUCGAAUACAGUGAUCCAUCUGAAAAUCUUUUAAAAGGAAAAAUUCUAACAACUCUAAAUAAUAAUUCGAUUGAGGAAGACGAUGAAGCUGACAGUUCUAAAUCUAUUCAAAAGAAAACAACACCAAAACAAACACCCAUUGUGUCUCAUCGACAACCGAUCGCCACUCGUUCGAAAUCAAAACGGAGUGAACUUAAACGAAAACUAAGGCCGACCAAGAUAUCUUUUGUAGAACCUUCACCACCUACUAGAAAACAGAAAACAAGAACAAAAGUUCGUCAACAUAUCCUCACUCGGUCCUCUCAAACUGCAAAAGUUCGUCGACCAGAUCGUCCACGAGUAACACCGUUAGUAUCAAAUCGUAUAAGUCGGCGUAUUAUCGAACAAGAUUUAGAGCUCUUGAGACAAAGUACAUAUCAGGAACCACAACCGCUUGAUUUAACUGUGAGAAAAAAACGGCCACUGUUGUUAAUAAAUGAUCUAUUAAAAUUAUCUGAAGUUGCAUCGAGUGCUCUGGAAGAAUUAGAACAACAAAAACAACAACUAAAGCACAAGAACAGUGAAAUAACAAAUAGACAAGAAACUGAUAAUGAUGAAGUAUUAGAUUUAUCGAUGACAAGUACACAUUUAGAACAUCAAUAA